UAUCUGUCUCAUUGUUAUAUCUGUGAUCAUACUUUACUGUUCCUGUUUGUCGUAGUCAAAAGUUACUGCGGCCCUGUCUGUGGUCUAUAUUUAGCAUUUUAACCGGGAACAUUUGCCGUUUAUUAGCUCUAGGGUUAUGUUACGUUUAUUUUGAACGCGUACACAUUAUGCUUUAGUAAAGUGAAUCGCCAUAAAUGAGGCAAACAGGUGAAUUUAGUAGGCCAGAGGUUUCAAAACAAGCUCGCCUCGGGAACAGAAAGCUUCGAUAUUUUCAGCUUUUUUUCUUGGUCUUCUGUCUGGCAACAUUCAAGUAGCCAUUGACGUCAGACUUUGAACUGUGACCCGGAACCUGUACACUAGAGGUCCUCCAGGAUGGCUGGGCGAGGCUCUGACACGAUGGAGCAUGAUGGAGGGGAAACUAUAUCAGAUGUCAGUUUUCCAUUGGGAGAGGGUGUGUCUGGCCGUGGAAGAAGUACAAUCUCUAUGUCUGAUGCGGGAGAGGAGGCUUUCUAUGUGCCUGAGAGGAGACCCUCCCUGGACCUGGGAGAUGGCCUGAGACCCAUGGACACUACUCACCGGCAUGAUGUGGAAAGGGCUCAAUCCCCGGUCUACAGCUACAAUUCGGUAAACAGUGAUACACAAUUCUGGCCAUCUGAUGAACUGGAUGAAGAAACUGAGCUGUCUGCUACUAGAGUCCAGCUGGAAAGAACAGAGUCUUAUUCCAGUGGCUACUCUGUGGACAGUGACUGUGAGACCAGAACCAGGAAGUCUCAAGACGCUGCACCUAAAGAAGAGGGUCCUGCAGUGGAACCUCCAAGACCAGAGCUGAUCAAAAACCCAGAUGAGAAGAGGCACCCUGCCCUGACUGUAGACUUCACCUUCAAGGCCAUCAGGAAGACACUGGAGAAACUGGGGAAGGAUGAUUUGAGGACAUUUAAGAUCACGCUGUGGAAGCGCUACCCAGAGUCAUUCAGCUCUCCUCCCCAGGGCAUGGACAUGGUGGACCUGGUGGAUGGACUGCUGGAGUUUUAUGACCUAGAGGUGGCCCUGCAGCUCACCAAGGCCCUGCUGAAGGACUUGGGCCUCAAACGCCUGGAUGCCUACCUCACGGACCUCUGCAAGAAAAAUGAGGUGCGUUAUGAGCUGAGAGGCACUCUGUUGAGGAAGUAUAGCUGGAUGUGUGAGGGUGUUGCCCAGCAGGGAGAGCAUAAGGCCUUUGACAGUAUCUUUAAUGAGCUCUAUAUAACAGACCGAGGCAAUGCUGGGCCCAACAUCGAGCACGAGGUCAGAAAGAUCGACAAGCUGUCCACCAAUCGCAAGAAAGAGAAGCGGAUCACAUGUAGCCAGAUCUUUGACCCCGAUGUGAUUUAUGAGAAGCAUGUGAGUCAUAUAGUGACCAACGGCAUCGCCGGGGUAGGGAAGUCUAUGGCCGUGCAGAAGUUCAUCAUGGACUGGGCAGAGGAGCGCAAGCACAAUCAUGUCUACUUCCUGUUCCCACUGCCCUUCAAAGAGCUCAACCUCAUGCUGAAACUGAAGAUCAGCCUCCUGGAGAUCGUCCACACUCUCUACCCCGAGACCAAGGCGUUGCCCACCUUCGAGUGUGACGAAGGCAAGGUCAUGUUCAUCUGUGACGGGCUGGACGAGUAUGCACAUUCCCUGGACUUCCACCGCACCGAGACUUGGUGUGACAGCACUGAACCAGCCGCCAUGCACGUGGUGGUAACCAACCUGAUUAGGGGCAACCUGCUCCCCUCGUCUCUCCUCUGGAUCAUCUCUCGCCCCCUCACCUCCAGUCGGCUGCCCCCAGAGUCUGUGCAUCAGGUGUUGGAGGUCCGUGGCUUCACCAACGAACAGAAGGAAGAGUACUUCAGGAGGAGGUUUCAGGACCCGGCGCAGGCCGAUAAGGUGAUUGCCCACCUGACCUCCUGCAAGACCCUCCACAUCAUGUGCCAUCUGCCCAUGUUCUGCUGUGUGGUGCGGGAGGUUUUCCAGCACACGUUUAGGGAGAAGGGGCCGGAUGCAGAGCUGCCCAAGGGUCUGACCCUGAUGUACACUCGCCUGCUGCUGGUGCACCUGCAUGUGCGUGGUGCCAGGGGCUCAGCCUCCCGCACCCCGGAAGAGGAGAGGGACUUCCUGAUGAACCUGGGCAAACUAGCCUUUACAAUGCUGGAGAAAAACCAGAUGGUCAUUGGCAAGGCCACCUGGAAGGACUGCGGCGUGGAUGUCGCUGAGGCUGUCACCAAUAGUGGCCUGUGCAUUGAGUUCCUGAUCGAGCAGUUUGUCAUGUACCAGGAGAGGAUCCAGACCUUCAUCCACCCCACCAUCCAAGAAUACCUGGCUGCCCUCUACGUGUUCCUCACCUGGAGGUGUACGGGGCAGAACGUCCUGCAGCAGCCACGGAAUAGCAAGUUCUCACGCAUGUUCAAGGACCCCGGGCUGCUGGACAUGCACCGCAGUGCUAUAGAGAGAAGCUUACAGAGCCCCGAUGGAAACCUGGAUGUCUUCCUGCGCUUCCUGUUGGGCAUGGCCCAGACAGCCAAUCAGGAGCUGCUACAACGCUUCCUACCUGAUAAGAACAAAUGCUCGUCGGCCUCUGAGGAGACGGCCACCAUUAUCAGGAAGAAGAUUAAAGAGAACCACUACCCUGACAGGAACGCCAACCUGCAGUGCUGCCUGGACGAGCUUGGUGCUGGUGCUGAAGCUCCCAGACGCAGCCGCUCAAACUCUGUGAAGAGCCAAUGACUGACAAUACUCUGACUACAGUAUUUAUAAAGAUGUAUAUAUUAGGUUUGAAAUGUGGGUUGUAUAGUUAAACUUUUAUAAGGGAAUUGGGGAAGAAAGGUAUGAAUACUUCAGGGUUGCUUUGUAACAAUACUCAACUGUGGUAGUAUUGUGGAAAUAUGUCAUAAGUAGCCACAAGGUGGCAGUAGCAUUAUACGACUGAGACACAGAAGAGUGAAAGGGAUGUGUGACAAAUUACAUAUUCAUAGGCAGUCACAUGUAUUGACUGUAUACUUAAUAUAACAUUGUGAUGAUGUUUUAAACCAGGUAUGUGCAACUGAUGGGGGUGGGGGGUCACAAAAUCCUAACUCACGACAGGCCGCAGUAGCGCACAGGUCUGUGUACCCACACAUGCAGUCAGAGCCGGCCCCAAGCCUUUUGCGGGCAAAACAUUUUAGUGGACCCCUCGACAAGGAAGAGAAACAAUUUAAUUUCCUGCAAUUCUACACAUUUUGCCAUGGGGCUUACAGCAAAUGUUCCAGUUUUAAAGCAAGUUUUCGGCAAUCCUACACAUUUUGCCAUGCGGUCGAGAGAAAUGUUAGCAGUUUUUGAAUAUGAUAUCUGAGUGAGAGUUACUAAUAAAAUCAGGGGGCCCCUGGAUGGUAAUUUGACCAUGAUUACUACAACUUUAGAUAGCUGGCUAGACUUACUUACCAAUUUAAUUAAGUGACAUUUCAGAUGCACAACCAAAUUUCAAAAUUGCACCUUGCAGGGUUGGGUCAAUUACAUUUAAAUUCAGAAAGUAAACCCAAUUCCACAUUUUCCUCAUUGAAAAGCAUAAGAAGAUAGUUGGAAUUAUUGUAUUUCCUGAAUUGAAAUGGAAUUGACUCCAACCCUGGCACCUUGUGUAUUCUACUAUUCUAACUCACAGCAAGUUGAGAUCCCAACUGAGUUCCUAAAAAAAAAAUACAAAAACAUUUGGGAAUUGAUUCGCAGGCCUACAGAAGGGGGGCCUCCCUGCUUUACACAAUGGUGAGCUGAUAUAAAACACUAAUGAUGCAUUUACAUGUGCUUACAAGGUGCACAUAAAUGACAUGAUGCAACCUUAUUUGCAAUGGCUGUCUACUUCCAGAACAGCUGUGGUCUCUGUCAUAUAAAACACAAUUGAAUCCAUUUCUAACAGAAGAGCAGAUGAAGAGAAGUUCCCUCUGAACUAAAUAGUCUAAUCUAGGUUGAGUCUGUGGCAAAAAAAGUCAACAAUUUAAUGUAUUUAUCUAUCCCUAUUAUGUGAGUUCUCAAGAUCGCAUUAGAAUCCAUAUUUGACUAUUAUCACUAGAUGGAGCAAUAGAAAUUCUACGUGGUACAAAAAGUACCCAAUUAUCAUACUUGAGUAACUUUCUAUUAAAAAGGUCAAAGUGAAAGUCAGCCAGUAAAAUAGAGUAAGUGUUUGGUUUUACAUAUACCUAAGUAUCAAAAGUAAAUGUAAUUACUAAAAUAUACUUAAGUAUUAAAGGUAAAAGUAUAAAUAAUUUAAAAUUCCUUAUAUUAAGCAAAGCAGACAGCACCAUUUUAAAAAUGUAUGGAUAGCCUGGUACACACUCAGACAUUAUUUACGAAAGUUGCAUGUGUUUAUUGAGACUGCCAGGCCAGAGGCGGUAGGGAUGACCACGUGUUCUUUUGAUAAGUGCUUGAAUUUUUACAAUUUUCCUGUCCUGCUAAGCAUUCAAAAUGUAACAAGUACUUUUGGUUUUCAGGGGAAAUGUUUGAAGCAAAAAGUACAAUAUUUUCUUUAGGAAUGUAGGGAAGUAAAUGUUGUCAAAUAUAAAUAGUAAUGUACAGAUACUUAAGUAGUUUUUUAGGGUAGUACUUUAAAGUAUUUUUCUUAAACAUGAACACCACAGAAGGGUUUUGUUAUCAUCCAAUGUUUGCAGGUCUGAUGGACCCACAACAUUAUUGGGUUAACACAGCCAUAACAAUUUGUAAAAAUACUUCAUGUAGACAGCAUACAUGGUUAACAUUUGCCAUUUACCUCUGCUAGAUCACACAUCAAUAAAAGCGCAAUUAGUUUA